AUGCCUCGACCCCGACCCUCAAACUCGACUCCUGCUCCAUUGGCCCCAAAGACCAAGCAAGUCAAACACAAAUCAGCUGGGAAACAUCCAAUCACCCACUCCUCUACCCGGGCCUCUAGAAGCAGACGCAACAACACCGAAGAGCUCUACAUGCAAUUGAUUGUCUCCAAGCAACAGGCAGACAUCACCAGGGCCCGCGCUGAGGCCAGCAAGAUCAAGAUUGCUUACAUGAAGGAGUUAAGGGAGCAUGGCUUAGGAUUUGAUGAGAUUGAGGCCAAGGCAAUACUUGAGUUCCCCCAAUUAGCCAACAUGGACGCUGGAGAUGAUUAA